AAUAUCCCUGUGUACACUCUCGCCAUCUACUCUCAACUCUCUUACGAGACAGAAGUAGCGGUCAGAGUACCAGCAGAGGCGCCAAAUUGUUUCAGUCGUAGCAAGGCUGCGAUACCGUUCGCGUCUGGGUGUGGUUAGUUCGGUGACGGAUUCACAUUGUACAAAAAAACGGAUUUAUAGGUGAUCCAUGGGAUUAUACCCUUGGCACGAGGAAAAGGAAAAGGAUAAAGUCAAUCCGCACUGUAAUCGGCCUCAAAAUCCUGUUAUUUCAUUUUUCUUUGAAUUUUUUUGUCUUCGUGAUAUUACUUAAAGCAUUUUAAAUCAUAGUCAAAUUAUAGUUUAAACGAACAAUAGUUAUAACAGAAUUAUUUUAAAAGUAAUAUUUGUAAAUUUAUUGUUGAAGAAAUAUUUAAAAAGAAUAUGUAAUUAUAAACCAAAAAAAAAACGAUAAUCGGUGCGAGUUAUAAAACCCAUGGACUGUGAUUGAUAUCAUUGUGAGAUUAAAACACAGGAUUAAUAUAAUUAUUUAACAAAUUGAUACAUAUUAUACACCAUGGACAGUUCGAAGAAGUACGAUAAUCCACAUCCACGGGAAGCAGCUAAUCCAAUCAGUGUAUUAUGGUUCUGUUGGCUGAAACCACUAUUUUUUCGGAAGGAUAAAAAGAAAAAUUUGGAACUCAAAGACCUCUAUAACUGCCUUGCUGAGGACAACAGUGAACAUCUUGGUGAUUUGCUUGGAAAAAAUUGGGAAAUAGAACUACAAAAUGCUAAAAAAUCGAACCGAAAACCCAAGUUGUUGACAGCACUUAAAAAGACUUUUCUACGUUCCUAUAUAAUCUAUGGGGUAUGGCUUUUCUUUAUCUGGGUUUUCCUGAGAGUGGCACAAAUUUAUAUGUUGGGUCUUCUCAUACGGCAUUUUGAUGCGAGAGCAGUUUCAACAACACAAGAUGCUUACUUAUACUGUUCAGCAGUCGCAGGUUUAGGAUGGUUAGUUACUGCGUCGAUACCUCAGGUGAAUUUAGCUCAGCAGAGGUUCGGUAUGAAAAUUCGUGUAGCCUGCAGUUCUCUCGUGUAUAGAAAGAUCCUACGAUUAUCAAAAUCUGUGUCAGAUCAAACUGCCAGUGGUCAAAUUGUGAAUUUACUGUCUAACGAUGUUUCAAGAUUUGAACAGGUCUUUAUGUACUUACAUUUUGUAUGGAUUAUGCCAAUUCAAACUGUUGUCAUCACUUAUCUUAUGUGGCGCAGUGUUCAAAUCGCUGCACUAGCUGGUGUAGUUUUGAUAACACUUCAAACAAUUCCAGUGCAAGGAUAUCUCAGUAAAUGGACCUCGAAGUUGAGGAUGAAAAUCGCUUUGCGAACUGAUGAAAGAGUCAGAUUGAUGAGUGAGAUAAUCAGUGGUGUCCAAGUCAUAAAAAUGUACGCGUGGGAGAAGCCUUUUGAAAAGCUGGUGUCUCUAGCCAGGGCCUAUGAAAUAGAGGCUUUAACUGCAACUUCCUACGUAAGAGGUUUUAAUCUCUCAUCGAUGGUAUUUACUGAGCGUACAACUUUGUUUUUCACUGUAAUGGCUUGGGUACUUCUUGGAAAUAACAUAACUGCCGACACAGUAUUUUCAAUGGCGCAGUACUUCAACAUUCUACAAUGUAUAAUGGCCAUCUAUUAUCCUAUAGCUGUCUCCCAGGCAGCUGAAGCGCUUGUCUCUGUCAAUCGUAUCCAGAAAUUCUUGUUGCUCGAGGAGAAUGUUGUUUCUGUAAAAGCACCUUUAGGUAUUGACGAAAAAACUGCGAUUCUAGUAAAAAAUGUCUCUGCUGCAUGGACGGAAAACUCAAUCACAAACACGCUCCACCAGAUCAACAUUCGCCUGAAACCGGGAAGACUCUGUGCUAUUGUAGGAUCCGUUGGUUCAGGAAAGAGUUCUUUUCUACAAUUACUCCUCGGAGAAUUACCAGUAUCUCAAGGGCAAUAUCAUGUUAAUGGCACCAUUUCUUAUGCCAGUCAAGAACCAUGGUUGUUCGGUGGUAAUGUUCGUCAUAACAUUUUAUUCGGACAAUCAUACGAUAAGACAAAGUACCAGGAGGUCACAACGGCUUGUGCUUUGCUCAAAGAUUUUGAGCAAUUUCCUUUCGGAGAUAAAAGUAUAGUUGGUGAAAAGGGCGCAUCACUAAGCGGUGGUCAACGAGCCAGAAUAAACCUUGCCAGAGCUGUAUACAGAGAUGCCGAUGUAUAUUUAUUGGACGAUCCACUGUCCGCAGUUGAUACACACGUAGGGAAACAACUGUUUGACAACUGUAUCAAUGGUUAUCUGAAGCAUAAAACUAGAAUUCUUGUCACUCACCAACUUCAAUACCUUAAAGAUGCCGACUUGAUUGUUGUGCUCCGCAAUGGUAAAGUGGUGAACCAAGGCACCUUUACAGAGUUGCAAAAAACAGACGUCAACUUCGCAGAAGAAUUGAACGAGGAAGAGGCGGAAGCAACUAAAAAAACUAAGGAGAAUCCCCCGCUAGAAAGAAUGGUUUCUGAAAUUUCAACUGUAGGUGACGACGAGAACCCCGAAGAUGAACCUAAAGAAACUGAAGAAUUGAUGGGAAAAGGCAGAGUUUCAAAUUCACUCUAUUGGACAUACUUCAGGGCUGGUGGCUCAAUAUUCUCAAUUUUCAUGGUUAUGUUUACACUCAUCUUGGGACAGCUAGCGAGCAGUGGAACCGACUACUGGCUUGGCUUUUGGACCAAACAAGAGGAGAUGAGAGCGGAAUCAAGAAGAAAUUUAAUUCUCUUAAACGAAACUGCUACGACUAUCGCAUCGGUGGUAGUACAAAAAAGUGCAAUUCUCUUAAACGAAACCGCUACGACUAUCGCAUCGGUCGGCUCUGAACUUUUGAAUAACACUACCACGAUUGCCGCCGAUAAUUUAUUACCUGUUCUAACAAACAGUACACAAGCAUUGUCUGAGUCUCUUCCAACAGCUGACGCUCUCACUGCUAAUUUGACGGAAACGCUAUCAACCCCGCAAGAAGCCCCAGUACACUAUUAUGAUAGAGAUACGGCUCUAUGGAUUUACGGAGCGUGCAUAACGGGAAGUGUUUUUAUAACCAUUUUGAGAAGUCUUCUUUUCUACAAAUUAUGCAUGAACGCGAGCAAAAAUCUACAUGACACGAUGUUCUCUAAUAUUCUCAAAGCACCCAUGAGAUUUUUCGAUACGAAUCCCGCUGGACGAAUCCUCAACAGAUUCUCAAAGGAUAUAGGUGCGGUAGAUGAACUUUUACCACGUCUGAUGAUUGAGUCUAUCCAAGUCUACCUUGUCAUGACCGGUAUUUUGACUCAAGUCAUCAUAAUCAAUUGGUGGAUGAUUUUCCCAGUGCUGAUUAUGGGCUACUUCUAUCGGAUGUUUACAAAUAUUUACAUGCCAACCGCGAGAGAUCUGAAACGUCUAGAGGGAGUAUCAAAGAGUCCCGUAUUCUCUCACGUAAGCUCCACUCUCAACGGGUUAACAACGAUUCGUGCAACCGGUGCUGAAGAAAUGGUCCGAAAAGAGUUUGACAUACAUCAAGACACAAAUACCUCUGCAUACUUCCUCACUAUUGCAGGAACCUUUGCUUUUGGAUUCUGGAUCGACUUGGUGUCCUUGAUCUUUGUGUCAUUUGUUGCAUUCAGUUUCGUUGUCUUAGAUCAAGGUGAUACCUUUGCUGGUAACGUUGGUUUGGCUCUUUCCCAAGUAAUGAUUCUAUGUGGAAUGCUGCAGCAUGGUAUGCGUCAGCUGUCUGAAAUUAUCACGCAAAUGACGAGUGUAGAACGUGUUGUACAGUUUACAAAACUCGAGAAAGAAGGACCUUUUGAAAGUUUACCCGGAAAGAAACCUCCGGCAACAUGGCCGAGUAAAGGACAAAUUCAAUUUAAUCAAGCUUACCUCCGAUACGCUGAAGAAGAACCUCCGGUCCUCAAGGAUUUGAAUAUUUUGAUCAAACCUGGAAUGAAGGUUGGAAUUGUUGGACGUACCGGUGCUGGGAAGUCUUCAUUAAUUUCAGCUGUCUUCAAUCUUGCAAAAAUUGAAGGAGAAAUAUUAGUCGAUGAUAUUGACAUCAAAAAAGUUGGGCUGCACGAUCUGCGAACAAAAAUCUCAAUUAUUCCCCAAGUCCCAGUUUUAUUCUCAGCUAGUGUUCGCGACAAUCUCGAUCCCUUCCAGAAAUUCGAUGACGCUAAGUUGUGGCUUGCCCUCGAUCGAGUGGAACUGAAGGACUCUAUUCAGUCCUUGGAUCACAUGGUCAAUGAAGGUGGAAGCAAUUUCAGUGCCGGUCAACGGCAACUCGUCUGUUUGGCUCGAGCAAUUUUGCGUAACAACAAAAUUCUCGUACUGGAUGAAGCUACGGCAAACGUCGAUCCGUCAACUGAUUCUUUGAUACAAAACACAAUUAGAAAAGAAUUCGCCAAUUGCACCGUCUUAACCAUAGCUCAUAGGCUAAACACAAUUAUGGACAGCGACAGAGUUCUCGUCAUGGAUCACGGCGAGGUGGUAGAAUUUGAUCAUCCUCAUCUACUGCUGCAAGAUGAGAAUGGACACUUUUCAAGCAUGUUAGCAAAGACGGGGAAAAGUAUGGCUGAGCAGCUGAAAAAAAUUGCCAAGGAGGCAUACGACAGUAUUACACCUGAAUAUGUUCCGACACACGCAUCUAAUGGCAACGUAAAAGAGAAAUGAAGUUGUCUCGAUUAGGUUAAAAAAAAAAAGCUGGCUGAUGAGAGGAGUAAUCAGAAUUGACAAUUUCGGCCUAAGCCUCGAAGCUGAGUAGCAUUUUUUGUCGGUCUCUUAGCCGUUGAUGUGUUUCAGAUCAUGUAAUUUCUAAUAUCAUUUAAUCAUUCAUUGCAAUUAUCCAUGUGUGAGGAAUAAUUUGAAAGUCUCCACUGGUUUUUCCAUUUGUCAUUCUUAGACUCGGUUUUAUAAAACUGGAAUAAUUUCACCCGUACACUACCCAUAGCCUUGUUUCACUACACACCCCAAAGUGCCUUACAAGGGCAAAAAGUACUUAGUAAAAUUGUAAGGCUACAAAAUGUACUUCAUAUGGUUAUUUACGUAGCUAGACACUUUUUUGAUUUAAACUAUUUUUAAAAAGUAUUUCUCACAUAAAGAAUUUUUGUCAAAGUACAUAACUAUAUUAUCAUUCACAAACGCAGUACUUACAAAUUAUAUGUAAUCAUUAGUUAUAAUUUUACUGGCUGCAGGGCACAAAAUAUGUUAAUUAUUGCAAAGAUUUAUUUUAUGUUAUAUUGGGUUUUUCUUUUUCAAGAACACGGUAUGCAUAAAAAGUGAAUUCACCUCAUCGUAUUUAUCGUAUCAUGUACUUUAUUUGAAAUUUUCUCGGAAUUCAAGUAUAUUUUUCGUGACCAUUGCUAAAUCCGGAGUCGUAAUGUGACUCCGGCCGUCCAAAGAUCGAAUCAGAUCAGAAUAACUCUGUUUACUUAGCUAACUAGUUCAUUUGGCAUGCUAGGAUUAGAGCGGGAGAUGAUUUUAUAUAAUUUAAAUUCACCUUGAUGUGCCUGAGUGGGUUGAAAUCUAACUUAUAAUUGCUAAGAAUUUCUAAAAGACAAUAUUGUGUGCCUACCAUAUUUAUGAUACAUACUAUUAUGAUGUGAUAAUAGUUGCAAUGAAAGUAUUUAGCUACAUAUUUCUCUAACAGCUAACUCAACGAUAAUUACCUCUGAACAUGUUACUAUUUUUGUGACACUGUCUAAAAUAUUUUCAGUUUUUUCUGAAUAGAUUUCAUUUAUCAAUUCUUUUGAUCCAAGUAAAUCAUUUACCUGUAACUUUCACGACCAGUUGUUUCUAUUUUUGCUUCUCGACGGUAAAUUCAUAGAUUAUUUUACAUUUCGAUUAUAUUCUAUAUUCAUGACCUAGGUGUAUCAUAUACUUGAUUAAUGUCGAUCGCCCGUUAUAGUUAUACAUGAUAUGUUAAAGUGAGUGGGUUACCGUAAGUUCAUUUAAUUUAAGAAUCUAUUUUGGUGUAAUCAGUGCCCGUUACUGAAUGCUUUAAAUUUUAGAAAAAUACAAAUGUCACAUUGAUCGUUGGGUACUGACAAAGCCAAAGAGUAUGCGUACAUAAACUUGUACUUAUUUAUACCUAGAACUAUGAAUCAUAUGCAUAUUUUAAUAUUCUUUGCGAUUACUUAUCUGAUAUACUCUUGUACACAUGUAUGUAUCUGAAUAUAAUUUUGGAGAAGAAAAACACCAGAAAA